CGCUAAAAAGGAUUACAAUAUAUAAAAAACGCAGCUUCCAUUUCAAACGUAAUCCAAACAAUAAAGGAAAAUCAAACAAAAAAAUAAAAAAUAGCAAAUUGUAUUUUCUUCUUUCUUCUUCUUGUGAAUAUAGUUGGCAAAUCUGAAUUAGGGUUUUUGGAGAAUACGUCUCUUCUUCGGCUGAAAAGGUUUCCACAGAAUAUGGCUGGCUCUGGUGAAGAAACUGAGCCAGAAUGGAUCAAAAGAGUGAAAUCAGAGGGAGCUGUUCCAUGUCUUAAGCCAGGCAACUGCAAAAAUUGUUGGACAACACCGUCUCCGGACACGUUUAUGGUUAGAGGACCACAGUAUAUCUCUGACAAGGUGAAAGUACCUGCUGGUGAUUUCCUUCUAAAGCCUCUCGGUUUCGAUUGGAUUAAAGGCCCUGCAAAGCUCUCUGAGAUCCUAACUUAUCCAAGCAGCCGAAUCAGGAAAGUUAUCGAUGAGGAGUUUCAAACAGAUGAAGCUAAGCCUUUUGUUUGGGCAUUCAAUCUCCAGCUUCCCCACAAAGACAACUACAGUGCUGUGGCUUACUUUGUUGCCACAGAGCCUAUCCUCGAAGGCUCCCUGAUGGAUCGGUUUCUGAAAGGAGAUGAUGGGUUUAAGAAGUCGAGGCUAAAACUGAUUGCAAACAUUGUCAAGGGACCUUGGAUUGUGAGAAAGGCUGUUGGAGAGCAAGCCAUCUGUGUGAUUGGACGUGCACUGACUUGCAAAUAUGUUUCGGGAGAAAACUUUGUGGAGAUUGAUGUGGAUAUCGGAUCUUCAAUGGUCGCUAGUGCCAUUGUUCAUCUCGCGUUUGGCUACAUUACAACGUUGACUGUUGAUCUUGCAUUCCUCAUUGAGAGCCAAACCGAGGCAGAGCUUCCGGAAAAGCUACUAGGAGCUGUGAGAUUCUCAGAGCUUCAGACCGACUCAGCCAUGUCGGUCGAACUGUCCUCGAGCGCCAGUAAUAACGGGUUAGAGCGGUCGAGCUGGUGGAAAUCGAUUGGGAAUGGAUUCUCUAAUCUACUUAAUCAAGAUACAGCCAACGUUAACAAUACUUCUCCUGGGAUUAACCACAAGGAUGAAAAUGUAAAUAAGCAGUAAGUGUUUUGGUUUUGGGAGUUACUUCACAAUUCUUUUGUAUUUUUUCGAUUUCUUUACCAAAAGCCAACAAAUAUUUUUUUAUUUAUCAUUUCUUAUUAACUGCAAAAUGUAUAGAUUGUUUUACUAAUUUGGAAUAUUUUUUUCUUAAAAUGGAUUAUGAUCCCCUUGCGUGAUAUUUUAACUA